AUUAAAAAAAAAAGGCAAAUGAACAAUCUUUUUUAUAGAAAUUCACGGAGAAAGAACAACAGAACAAAUUUUAGAUUGAAAGUCCGUUCCUUUUCUUCUCUGUGAUAUUCCACCGCAAACAAUCUCUCUCUCUCUCUCUCUCUCUUUCAUUUUCUCUCUUUUGGUCCAACUUGUGAGUCCCAAAGUCUGGUAAUUUUUCCCUUUGAACCGUCGAUGCAAUUCUGGUGAAAUUAUGGGUCUUUUCUGAUCCUUCUUCUGCUUUAACCUUUUCUAUAUAUGUUGAUGAUCCCUGAUCGAGGAUCACGAUCAUGAUCACGAUCUCCUAGAACAGAGAAUCCUAUUUUGUGUUUGGUUUUUUUGACUGAUCGCUUAAUAUUUAUUAACCAUGAUUCUGAUCUGGGUUUGUUCUUACUAUAGACUGCUUAUGUUUUUGUUAAAAUCAAGUUUGAAUCUAAUGAUCUUGUGUUUUUGUACUGCAAUUCUCGAUCUUGAUGAUCUUAUUUGGCUUAAACAUGAACAGCAUUUCUCUCGCAAGUUUCCAUCAUUUCACGGUCGGUGUUCAUCAAUUCUUAGCGUCAAAGGUAGCUCCUUUGUUAUACUAUAUGUAUAAUAACAAAAGCCUGAAGAUUUUGACUAUUAGGGAGUUUUUAGAUCACAGGACUGAACAAUGCACUAGUUUAAUCAUAUGGUUUUGCUGAUAUUUAGUGAGUUAUAGAAAACAUUUGGGCUCUGCAAAAACCGGAGCAGUGUCCUAAUGGAUACUACAACAUCAAAUGGUAGUAGCCCUGCUGCUACGUUACAACUUCAUAGCAUCUCUGAGAAUCCAAUCUCCGCGGCUAUGGAGUUGCCUUUCCCUUCAUUUAUGUGUCUAAAACGCCAAUGCCUUGGGAACUCUGCUCCUGGGGAGUUCUUCUUGGCUUCUUGUCCUUCCAUUGUCCUUCAUGUUCUCACAACUUGUGACUUAGGUCCUCGGGACCUUGCGAAACUCGAGGCAACAUGUUCGUUUUUCAGAAUGCCGGCAAAUUUUUCUCCGGACCUUGAACUCUCCAUCUCAGAAGUUGCAGCUCUCGAUAGAUGCCAAAAGAGGGCGAUAUUUAAACGCAUGGGAGAGGAAGAACGCCAAGAAAUCAAAAGGAAAUGCGGAGGCUCGUGGAAGCUUGUUCUAAGGUUCUUGCUUGCUGGUGAAUUUGGUUGCAGGCGCGAGAAAUCACAGGCACUUGCAGGUCCUGGUCAUAGCAUCGCCGUAACAUCAAAGGGCGUUGUUUACUCUUUCGGAUAUAACGGUUCAGGACAACUCGGACAGGGAUCCACUGAAGACACUUGGCAGCCUCGACCAGUCAGAUCACUUAACGGUAUCCGGAUCAUUCAGGCAGCUGUUAGCACUGAUAGAACAAUGUUGAUCAGUGAUGCUGGUGAAGUUUAUGCUUUUGGAAAAGAUUGGUUUAGCGAAGCUGGAUUAGAAGUUCAAGAAACUAAGCUCAUCACAACUCCCAAGCGAGUCAAGUCUUUGAACGGAAUCUUCGUGGUUCAAGCCACGAUAGGGAAUUACUUCACGGCGGUUUUGUCGAGAGAAGGCAGAGUCUAUACAUUAUCAUGGGGAAAAGAUGAGAGACUCGGUCACGGAACCGACCUUAACUGUAUGUUGCCUCAUCCUUUGUUGGGGGCCUUGGAGGAUAUCCCGGUCGUGCAAAUUUCUGCUGGCUUUUGCUAUCUUCUUGCUCUAGCAUAUCAACCUACGGGCAUGUCUGUGUACUCUGUUGGAUGCGGUUUGGGUGGGAAGCUAGGUCAUGGUAUUGCAACCAGUGAAACACAGCCUCGCUUGAUUGAGCAGUUUAGUCUCUUGAAGAUGGAACCGGUUAUGGUCUCAGCAGGGACAUGGCAUGCUGCUGUAGUUGGGAGAGAUGGGAGAGUCUGCACGUGGGGUUGGGGCCGGUAUGGCUGCUUGGGUCACGGUACCGAAGAGCCAGAGUCGGCUCCCAAGGUUGUAGAGGGGUUAAAAGAUGUUAAAGCGGUCCAUGUCGCCACUGGAGAUUAUGCAACCUUUGUUGUCUCUGAUGAUGGUCAGGUUUACUCGUUUGGCUGUGAAUCUGCCAAUCUUGGUCAGGGAGAUGUGGAUGAGAAUACUCUGAUCCCUAAGCUGGUUACGUCGUUGAAGGAGAAGAAAGAGCGUGUGGUUCAUGUGAGUUUGACAAACUCGACUACUUGGGCUGGUCAUACAUUUGCAAUGGCCGAGUCAGGGACUCUCUAUGCGUUUGGGGCUGGGGAGAGAGGGCAGCUUGGCGUGGAGCUAGGUGAUAACUUGGCUGAAAGAGCAGAACCUGCUAAAGUUGUCGGUAUUGAUCUUUCUUAGAGAUUUGGAAGAAAAAAAAAAAGAAAUAUCUUCUUAAGUUAGGUUUGCAUCACCAGGUCCAUUGAUCUUGGCUAAUGUUUAAAGAAGUAAGUGGGCUGUACAUAGUAACAGACAUUUUUAAGAUGGUUAUGGUUUCUUUUGUUAUUUUUAAUUUAGGAAGGAACAAUAAAUAUUUCUUUGGAUAUUCUAGUUUGCUAUUUUA